AUAAAUAGUGCAGAAGGUGACGCUCCUCCAAAGGAACAGAGACAAGCACAGAGAGGGAAAGGCAAAGAGAGAGGUGUCUACAGGCUGCAUCUCCAUUGAAACAUUUGCAAGGGGGAGACAGAGGAAGAGCUGAAUGGUAGCUUCACCCGGCGCCUGGAAGCGUAGAGACACUGUAACAAAGGCUGGCAAUUAUUUUUUUUUGCAAUAACAAAGAGGUGGGGAGAGAGGGGGCUCUGAAAUCGAGGGAAAUAGCAAAAAAAAAAAAAAGAAAGAAUAAGAAGCCAGUUUUUAGGGGGGACCUCUGCUUCAUUUCACCCGAGAGACUCAUCCCUUCUGCCAUCAUCAGCAUGACCAUAAGCUAUAAGUAACAUUCGGCAAUAACGUUGUCAAAACGAGAUUUUCAGCAACAGACGCGCGCAAUCCUAUUUUUAUUUACUCUAAUCGUAGGAGAAACCCCCCCCCCCCCCCCCAGAUCAACGAAAGACUGGAUAUUCUGUGAAAUAAGAAAAGAGCGAUCUAACAAAGAAAACUACAUUUUGAUUGAUCUUUAAGCUUGAUGUGCGCGUUUCUGCACGCACUCGAAACGAACCUGAACCAAAAGCAAACUCCUCAGACUCCUCCCUCCUCCUCCCUUCGGUUUCUCUCAUCCUCUCCCUCCCCCCCCGGUCCUCUAUGCUCAGUUCGGUGUGUGUAUCCUCUUUCAAAGGGCGCAAGGGUGGGAACAAGUCGUCCAACAAAGCAUGUUACAGCGCAGACAUGACUUGUCCGUCGGAAAGCGAGAAAAUCGUGAUAAACUGCGGGGGGGUGCGGCAUGAGACUUACCGGAGCACCCUAAAAACGUUGCCUGGCACCCGCUUAUCGUGGCUCACCGAGCCGGACGCGUUCAGCAACUUCGACUACGACCCCAAAUUAGACGAGUUCUUCUUCGACCGCCACCCGUCAGUGUUUUCCUUCAUCCUCAACUAUUACCGCACUGGGAAGUUGCACUGUCCCAACGAUGUGUGCGGUCCCCUAUUCGAAGAGGAGCUGGCUUUCUGGGGCAUCGAUGAGACGGAUGUGGAGGCGUGUUGCUGGAUGAAUUACCGACAGCACCGAGAUGCGGAGGAGGCGCUGGACAGCUUCGAGAAUCCAGAACCUGACGCGCCGGACGACGAACCCGCGCUCUGCGGUCCGGAUGGGGACUUGAAAAGACUGUGCAUGCAGGAGGACGCGAGGAAAGCGGGCUGGUGGAAAACCUGGCAGCCCCGAAUAUGGGCUCUGUUUGAAGACCCGUAUUCCUCCAAAUAUGCCAGGUAUGUGGCAUUUGGCUCCCUGUUCUUCAUCCUCAUCUCCAUCUCCACUUUCUGCAUGGAGACACACGAGGCCUUCAACACCAUCCUCAACAAGACAGAGAACGUCACGGUGGGCAACACGACCCGUGAGGAGAUUGUAUACGAGGUGGUGACUGACAGCUGGUUGACAUACGUGGAGGGCGUGUGUGUCAUUUGGUUCACCAUUGAGGUCCUGCUGCGAGUCACCUUCUGCCCAGACAAGCUUGAGUUCUUCAAAAGCAGCCUCAACAUCAUCGACUUCGUCGCCAUCCUGCCCUUCUAUCUGGAGGUGGGCCUGAGUGGUCUGUCCUCCAAAGCUGCCAAGGAUGUCCUGGGGUUCCUCCGUGUUGUCCGGUUCGUCCGUAUCCUCCGAAUCUUCAAGCUGACCCGCCACUUUGUGGGUCUCCGUGUCCUGGGCCACACCCUGCGUGCCAGCACCAAUGAAUUCCUCCUGCUGAUCAUCUUCUUAGCCCUUGGUGUCCUCAUCUUUGCCACGAUGAUCUACUAUGCUGAACGAAUUGGCGCAGACCCAGAUGACCCAACUGCCAGUGCCCACACCAACUUCAAGAACAUUCCCAUUGGAUUUUGGUGGGCUGUUGUGACCAUGACCACACUGGGUUAUGGAGAUAUGUACCCCGAGACGUGGUCAGGGAUGCUGGUGGGCGCUCUGUGUGCCUUGGCUGGUGUGCUGACCAUCGCCAUGCCUGUACCUGUAAUUGUCAACAACUUCGGCAUGUACUACUCCCUGGCGAUGGCCAAACAAAAGCUGCCCAAAAAGAAGAACAAACAUAUCCCCCGAGCACCACAACCAGGGUCCCCCAACUACUGCAAGCCAGAUGCCCUGGCUAUGGCUACCGCAUCACCGCAAAGGCUCUUGGGAAAUGUCCUAGGUGGAGUGGCGGGAUCUGGAGGCAUGGGGGGCGACUGUCCUCUCGCCCAAGAAGAAAUUAUAGAGAUCAACAGAGAUUCCAAGCAGAACGGCGACGCAGCCUCGGCCGCCCUGGCUAACGAAGACUGUCCCACCAUCGACCAGGUGCUGAGCCCAGACGAGAGGAGCCCUAUGGGGCGAGGGCCUACCCGGGAACGCUACCAGCAGGACCGCGCCUGCUUCCUGCUCAACACCAGGGAAUUCCGUGCCACAGAUGGGAAUGUGCGGAAAGCAACGGGCUACGAGAAAUCUUGCAGUCUCAAUAACAUAUCAGGAGUGGCCGGGUCAUCCCUGCGGCUCGCUCCUAUCACUAGCCCUCCCUUCGAAACCUACGAGGCUCCAGGACCACUGCGCCGCUGUCGCUCCCCCAUCCCGUCCAUUUUGUAGCAGCAAAAAAAAAAAAGGACGAUAAGAUAUGCAUUGGAUUAGCUGUUGACUGAUCGCAUCGAAGCCUCCAUUUGGAUCGGACACCGUGCAAAAAACAAUAGCAAUAACGUAAAAUGAAGUUGAAUGUAGAAAGAAUGACCCCUUGUCUUGUGAACGGUUUAUGACGCAUGCAUCAGGUUAGCUGAUGGGGUCAAAUACAAAUUCUAUCUUUAAAAGGUACAUUUUGAAUUAUUAGAAGAAAUGUUCAAAUAAAUAUUUGGAUCGGUUACUAAAUAAAAUAGUAUAAGAGAUAAAAAAAAAAGACAUUGUGGAAAUGUGCACAGUAAAUUAAGUGUGUAUUUUUAAAUGUUCUGUACCAAACAACAAGCUCACAACACUGUCCAGAGAAACACUUUUCUUUUAGCCAAAGACAACGACACAUUUAUAGAUUAGAUUGAUGUUGAAACAGGUUUCUACUUUCUGUCUCUUGUGAAUAUUGAUGUGUGUACAGCGUAGACAUCAUUUUGGUCAUUCUCUCUAAAAGACAGACUCGACUUCCACAAGUCUCAGUUUUAAAAGUGUUCUAUCAUCAUUGUGACAUCACGUUACCAUAGGAACUGUGUAAAAUGUGCAGCUUAACAUGAUGGAAAUUAUAGUUUAUUUUAUUACAUUGCUGUUAAGAUCCCAUGUAUGCAAUUGCUACCUUCCAGUGUACACUUUCUUUAGCAGUUGCAACUAAUACAUUUCUAUAUAUUCAUCAUCAUCUUAAGCAUCAUAUGCAAUUAUAACAAUCAUAUUCCAAAACAAAAAUAUACAUUUCAUGAUAUGCCCCAAAAGAAUAUAUAAGAAGUAAUUUAAUUCAACAUUUUAUUUAUUUUUCUCGAUACCAUUUAAGCUGCCUGUGGACCACGAGUUUAGGGUUAGGGUAGCAGAGUUAGGGUUAGGGUUAGGGUUAGCAUUUAAAGUAAAGAACCAGGGUUUAGCACGUUUCUAGCAUUUGAAACUGAGCGAUAUGAUAUAUUGUGUUGCAGCUGAGAACCUCACGAGCAGAGCUGAUAGUAAGUGAACCUUUGAAGAAAUGCUGAUCAGGACAGUCAUGUAAAUGAAAUAUGUACUUAUAUGUAGGCCUAAAGAGCUAAGUGCAAUGUAUUUAAAAAGCUAUUUAGAAAUUGCAAUAAAUGAAGUACAACAAAUAUACUUAUGAAGAUAUGGAUGACGACAUAGUUAAUAUAUACUUAAAAAGAAUUCAAGCACUUUACUAACCUUUAAAUCUUGCAUGUUGAAUAAGGAACGGACUAUAUUACUACAAAUGAAUAGAUUGAACGUGUGACAACGUCUGUAGCUAAGGAUGUUCAGAUUUUCAAAAUAUCUGUUUUGCUUCUUAUUCACUUUUUAUAUAUUUUUUAUAUUUAUUUUUUCCAUUAUUAUUUUUUAGUUUAAAUAUUUGUCUAAAACUUUUUUACAAUUUAAUUGUAUUAGAAAAAAAUACAAAUUAAAAUGACCAAAUGCAUUCCAAUGAUCACAGUGGGUACCAUAUACCUUCCCCCUCAAUCAUUUAAAAUAAUGUCUUUUAGGAAAUAUACAGCUUUUAUUUUUAUAGCUGAGAUCCUCCUUCAGAUUGACAUCCUCACAUGAAAAAAGAAAAAGAAACAUUCACAUAUGCAAUAAACAUGCAAUAUUGUUUUAAUGCUGGAAACCAUGCUGUGCACCUACAUAUGUAAAUAUGCAGAUCUAUUUUUAAUCUAAAAAUGCACAGACUUUGUAGGCAGUCUUUGGGUUAGCUGUUCCAAGAAGUAAUACAAUGACAUCAUGAGCCAUCAUGAGUCAAGUGGUCUUACUGGUCUUUUCAACGUGUUUGAUGUUGUGGCUGCCAUUUUUAAUUGUUUUAGUUUUGUGAUAGUUUUAUAUUUUUUUCACGCGUAUUGUGCAUUUCAUUGUAAGGAAUGACUUUUCUGUACCACUGAUUGUCUAAAAAAAACACAAAAAAAAGAUGUCAGAAAAAGAUGCAAUGUUGUAUUUAAACUGUUUUAAGUUCUUUACCGAACCGAAACGUAGUAAGAGGAGAAAAAAAGAGUCCGGUCCUGAUCUUCUUAUUGUCAUAAUCUAUGGUUACCGAUUGCCAUUUUGUCUAAAAAUCGAUGUGCUUCCAGACCCUUCUGAGAACUUAGAUAUGCAGUAUUAUGAUUCACGGUGAUAGUUAUGACAUCACUUGAAUCUGUUGUCGAGAGGUUUGUUAAUGUUGUAGUGUCUCAUCCUACCUGCGUCUGAUACGGGCUUUAAUGAAGGCCAUCGCACACAUGUUCAGACCGACGUUGCUAAUAGUCGUGCUUAUACUCGAUAUUGUUCCAUUUCACCGUUACGAUGUCAAAAAGAGACAAUAAUUUAGUGUCGUCUGAAGAAUAUCUGAAACAGCAUGCAGAGCUUUGUUUCUCCAGUGAAUCUGAGCAUUUGUAAUGUGUAUCGUCAACCUGAACUUCGGUAAGGCAGGGAAACUCUGGGAUAGUACGUUUUUAAUGCAGGAAAUUGUUUUGUGAACAUGUAACGAGUACAAUGACACACGUGGGAUCGAUCCUCAAAGCUAAUCUUAGUCAGCAAACCUGAACAUUAGUCAUUUUGCAUCACUUCUCUCAGUGCAUGAAACCUUAUAAGUGCACAUGCACACAGUAUAAUCUUAAACUGACACCACAGUGUGGACGUUACGAUCUGCGAUACUUUGAAUUAUACUUUCAUGCCACUUUAUUUGGAAUGUACAUUUUCUGUUACAGUCGAGGAAAAUGUCCGUCCAUCUCGUAUAUCUGCGGUGAAAUGUGUUUUUUUUAUUUAAAUGCCUCAAUUGACUGAAGUAAUCUCACACAGCAACACUUUAAUUUGAACAUUUAUGACUACAGAAGGUACUGUAUGUGUUCAUAUUUGCUUUGUAUUGUAUCCCAAUUGAUCUGAAGAAUGUCAUAAUUGUGGUUCUGUUGAUCGUAAAGAGUCAUAUCACAUAAUCGUGGCCAAUGCAAAUCACAUGGGACACUCUGACACAUUGUUUGAGGAACCGGAACAGGCAGAUGUUGUAAGUGCCUCUAUGAGGCCCUCGUAGGCUCUGAUGUCAAUUUAGGAGUUCAUGCAAAACCAGCUAGAUUUAACUAGCUAAACCUUCCAAGCAAUGCUUAUUAAUAGAUCAGUGGUUAUUAUUGAAUAUGUACAUAUCUGUAUCUACACAUGUGAAUACAUUAAAGUCAUACAGAAUGAAUAUAUCUAUGUAUGCUUUGUGAGCUUUGCUCAGGAAACUGAUUCGGAUUGAUUUAAUAUGUAUUUCAUCAGAACCAGAAGUGCCACACUGACCUGCACCUCAGUCUUGCUUUCUGGUUAUAUAUAAAUACAUAUUUGGUCUAUAUUGCAAGCAAAAAAAAAGAUGUUUGUUUAUUAUUUUACUGUACAUGAUAUUUUUAAACCAUUGUUAUUAUUAGUGCAUUGUUUGUUCUGUGUUGGUUUCUUGCACUCGCUGGUCCUGCAGAGGGUAAAUGCUCUGCAUGCUAUUGAAUAUACAUUUACAGUUCAUGUAAAUAUUUCUAUGGUUGUUGCUAAUGUGUCCUGGAAGUCAUGUAUGUUUGGUACAUGUGCAGUCUUGAGAGAAACAUGCAAACACUUUCACUUUAGAUUGAGGAAGCGUGGGAUUACUAAACAAUCGUAUCAUCUGUGAGAGGCAGAGGAGAACAAUGCUGUGUGACCAUGGUACAUCAUGUAGUGUUGCAUUAAGAACAUAAGUAAUAUCCUCUUAAUGAUACAGUUUAUAUAAUUAUCAUGGAGUGUAACAAACUGCUGCACACUGAGGCGUCAAUCCUCGAAAUGCAUUGAGCGAAGAAGUUCACCAAGAAGCUGGACUAUUCCUUUGACUUUAACCUGCUAGCAUCACAAAUCAAUAAGCUGCUAUGAUUUACAACUCCAGUGCAUAAUGUCUGAGCGUAACAACAAAAAGUCUGCUUUGGCACUGUGUCAGGAUGCUACUGGUGCCAGAACAAAGGCAGAAAAGAAAAGUCUGGUUUGUGUCCACACAAACUGGUGUGCUAGUAUCCAAUAAUGGAUUCUGUGACACAGAAGAACUACAGGAAUGUUUACAUUUGGCAUUAAGAUUUUUAUUAGCUUCUGAUUUUGUGCAGACAUAUUUAGGAAAUGAUGCAGAUGUAUGCAUCAGACACCAGGAGAAGGUAAAUCCCAAACCAUACCAUACACCAUACUUACCAUACAGCUGGUCUUUAGAAAAUAUGAACUGUCUUGCUAACAGCUUUUCUCUGGAGAAAACUGCAACUAUACUGUGGAAGAGGGUGAGGCGAAGAGCAGACGAAGAGCUAAUGCGUCUUCAAUAAAGGACGAUGUUUGCUGGCGAGACCGCAACAGAAGUUGUUUAAUCUCCCGGGAAAUAAUGCAUGAUGCCGGCACGUGCCAUACAAGAGUUGUUUGCCGUAAAUAUGCUCAACCUGAUGUUGUCGACUAACACUUUCUUGUAUCUGCGCCUGUGUUUGCGUGAUGAGGUCGGGCGGUUACGCCUCCUGACAUUGUGGCGACUUCUUCGAAAUGUUUGCAGUGUAUGUGUCCAUCUGUCAAAAAUAUGUUUCCCCAUGAAGUGUGUACAUAUCAUUCAAAUGAAAUUGUUUGCACACACACACACACACACACACACACACACACACACACACACACACACACACACACACACACACACACACUCCUCCCUAAUCUUGUUGGAAAUGCUCUGUGUAUAACUCGCUCCUGUAAAGAUGAUGUGUGUGGAGCGCGGUGCUGGGCAGUUGGCUGGCAGCUUGUUUCAUUCAGUUUGUUUUUCUAAUACUGUCACCAGUUUUACUGUCACCCUUUCUCGAUUGUGUAAUCCAAGAAUAUGUCUGUAUGUUGGAGAGACUGUCUGUGUCGCUGUGUUAGAGGCGUCAUUGCAGUUUAAAUGUGUGCACUUCAUUCUGACAUGCACAGUUAACCAGCAGUUAACAGGUAAUGGUAAUCCCUGAUUGCUUCCCUAUUGUACACAAUGUUAGUGAAAACCAUGUAAUUGGCACAUUCCAAAUAUGAGAUUGGUUUAUAUUAGUUGACUUCUAUAAACCAAUACAAGUGCUUACUCGUAAUGCAACACGUUUUCAGUAAAGUACAUGAUUUUAUUACACAUUCUGUUUAUUCUGUGUGAAACUUAAUAUUAAUGGCUUUCUGUUCUUGUCUUUACAGUGUUAAGUUUCUAGCAUUCGCCUUCUCUCUAAUGAGGAGUCAGUAACCGGUAAACACAAAUUUGCGGCUGGAGCCACGUAAGCGACAGGUGUGAGACGGAUGGACAGUUUAAAGGAGAUCUUUGGGGUGACAAGAGAGAGGCCAGAGGUUAAUCAUGAAUUUAAAAAACCCCUGUGGUCUGCUCCUCACGUCGUUACCAAAGCAGCCUCUUGGAACUCCGACCACAUUUUUGACAACCGUCUGACUGACUUUUUCUCUUUCUCGGCAAACUGACACACUUUUUGGGAGAGAAGCGGACUCCCGAUUACACAUUCCAGAUGACUUCUAUCUAACAACAUUAUACUCGCCAUCUUGAAUGACGACCAACUCUAGUACCGUCUACAGUGCUGAGCAACAACUGAGCAACUUCACACGUUUCUGAAAAAAAAAAAACAUUUGUCUUCACAAAGGACUGAAUGAACAAUGUAGCAUCUCUGCUAACAUAUUGUAGCAUUUGUUGGCUGGGGAAUAACUUGACGGUUGGAAGGAGAGAGGAAUUUAUGCAUUCAAGGGAUCUUUUAGAUGUCAUUUUCCUCUUAGGUUCCUUUACGGUGAAGAAAAAAAAAAAAAAGAGUACAUGAGAGAAAAAGGGGGGAUUGGUCUUACUCGUUAAAAACAUUCCAAAAAAAAAAAAAAGAUGCACUAAAUAGUGUGUAUGAAAUCAGUAUUUACCAACACCCAUACUAUAGCCCCUCAUUCAAGUUUAGCACUGGUACAGCGUGUUUGCCACUGAACCUAUGUCUUCCAUUCUAUCACACCGAAACACUGCCCUCUUCACACGUACUGAGAUAAUCAAACACAGCACUGACUAUGAAGUUGAUCAAAUGAAGCACAUGUAGCAUCAGCUCAAACAGGCCGUGUACGUUCACUGAAGACACCUGAAACAUUCACCAUAAGAGAAAUGGUGGACAAAGACUUCUCUUUAUCUCUCAUGUACUGACAUGGGCUUGCCCGGAAGUCUAUAUAUGGGACACCAAAGGUCCUGUAGCAAGCACUUGCCGAAUGACCUUCUGUAAUGUAUAGUAGAUGAGGAGGAAUAUUCCAUUGAGGAUGAAACUUGUACUCGCCCUCACACUGCCCUUUUCCUCUUGUUUGCUACAAACACAUUCCUCUAAAAAGUACUUUAACUGCCACUAGCAUCUCAUUCCUAUAUGCACAUUUCAAUAUUACAAGUAUUUCCCAUGUCUGACUGACACAGUGAGACAUGAGGAGGUAAAAAAAAGACUCAAGGAGACAAAACAAAAGUCUAAGAGACGAUUGUCUUCGAUAUCGAGGGGUAUUGGCCCUGCCUAAAUUACAACGUAAAGGACACCCUUGCCACAAGGACACUUUUUACGUCACAUAAAACUGUACAUUAGCUGGAAACUCUGUAUUUUGAUUUUUUGAAAGGGACCAAUCAGAUACAUGCUCCUCCUAACACAAAGGCAGACACUGCCAAUUAGGCACAAGAAUCUCCAGUUGAAUCCUGCCCCAUCUCUCUCUUGUCCCUCUUGCUGCCAACGACUGCUUCUCAGGCAAGUCAAUGUCAAGAUAAGGAUGGCCCAUCAGGGGAGCCCUUAGGCAAAGGGGAGAACGAGACGAAAUGGACCAAGAGUAGAGCACGUGUGGAAGUGUACAAAGAGAACAAAUCUAUAUUUUGAUAAACAAAUCAACUAUCCAUGGCUUGGGGAGGAAGUCUCUGAGCAGAAAAAGGUCCAGAAUGGAAGUAAGAGAAAAAAAAAAGAGAUGCAAAUGUUAAUAGAGAAUUUGGCAUCAUGAAAUGGAGUCAAAGUCCUGGAAAAAAAGAUGGGAAGUGAAUAUUUUGUUAUGGGGUUAAAGUUAUUUUCCCCACAAGCACCAGGAAAGUUUUUUUUUUUUAAAAGACGAUGAGCAAUGACAGACUCUUGCCUAUAAAGACACGGGGAUGACAAAGGAUGGACGCUGAGAUAAACAAAUGAAAAAAAAAAAUAUAAUGCAUUUUUGUAACUUUGUUUACCAGCAUGACUAGUUUGCAUGACUGUCUUUUCUGCAAGCCCUUAGUUGAAGACAAGGGUGCUAGAGAUACAAAAAAAAGUAUAUAUAAAAUGAAUUAAAAAAAUGUUAUAUGCAAUUAAUGUUUUAAAAAAGAUUAUAAUGAAAGAGAAGAGCUAUAUUUUGUUUUGAAAAGUUAAAAAAAUGUGAAUAUUGAAACAUGUAUGUUUGCAACGUACACCCUGAACUAUGUUUUGUUUGAUGAAAUCUCUCUGCUACUACUGCCCUACAUUCCACAGUCCAGUGUUUGCAACGGCUGUCAUAGUUUUACUUUGUUACGCAUCGAGCACUAUAUUUUAUAAUCAUUCAGAGAUCAUCAAGACUUUGCCAAACUAUAGCAUUUGUGCAAAGGUUGUUUGUUGUUAGUCACAAAGUCCAUGUGUUCCUCCUUGAAUCAUUUGCACAACUACCGUAGCAGCAGCAGCAGCAGCAGCAGCAGCGGCGGCAGCGGCAGCGGCGGCAGCAGCAGCAGCAGCAGCAGCAGCAGCAGCAGCAGCAGCAGCAGUUCUAAAACAACAGCUCCUCCAUUACACAACUUUUGGCUGCUUUAUUAGUACUCAUAGUUUGCUUUUUUUUCUUUGGCAAUAAUACAAGAGUUGUCACAUGAUUGUAGCAGGGCAAAUGGAGAACCUCGAGAGUAUCUUCAACGCCUCAGUGGUAAAGAGAUUCGUAAAGGCCUGGGAUGUCCCAUGGCAGGAUUUUGCUGGGAUAGGCAGUUCUGUUCCACUCGUCCUAAGUAGAAAAACGGGAGCGCAAGUGCAGGUUAUCCAACAACAGACUAUGAAAGAUAAUAUUCUGGCGAACAAUCAAGAGAGAUUUCAGGUUUGCAUGGGACCGACUGCCAUUCCAAAGUGUGUGUGUGGUUUAAAGGACUCAGGUGUGUUGAUGGUGUGUGUGGAUGUCGGUGUUUUCUUUCUAACAUAGUAAAUUCUAGUAUAUAGAUAACGAUAAUGUGAACACCUCACCGUGAUGUGUACGAAACGCAUGCAUUGUGACUUGAUAAUCUCUCGAGGGGGGAACAGUCUUGACAUAUCCCCUUAGCCUCCUGUCAUUGUUCGUCCUGAAUCCAGAUAACUAUGAACACUGUGCCGUGUCGUAGAGCAGAAACGUCUUCCUUCGAGAGGCAACUGAAAACUACUCGCACUCGCAGUGCCGCAGCAUGAGUGUGUAGAGGUAGCUCGUCGUUGUUUUUUUUAGAUGGUCAGGUCUUCGCAUUCGUCAUUACCCACGGAGUUACCGUCAUCCAGCUGGCUAGUUGGCAGCUCAUGACAGCACACGACACAGUCCUGUGAGCACCAAUCAAAGAGACCCAGAGCUUCCAAAAUGAUGUCAGUGAAGUACUUUAAGUGUGAACGAGAGGAUGAGAGAUACCAGUGUCCACCGAGGGGAGAUGGAUGUAAAAAAAAAAAAAGAAAUCUCGUUGAGUGCUCUCCAAGCACCUCGUCCUUGGUUUGGUAUUCCAAGUGAGUUUCAGGCCCUGCUGGUCCAGGGCUCAGCUCAGGCAGCUGAAUGGUCCUCGAUCCAUUCCCAGAACAUUAGAGUUGGAGGCUCACCAGAACGUCGUGUGAUGUAGACUACACAGACUAUUCAAGGUUUUACAGGUUUCCAGAGCUUCUGUCUAUUCGCAAAUAUGGUCCGUGGGAUUUUAUUUCGGUCCCUUAUCUUUUUAAAGCUCCCCGAUUUCCAGUUCCCAUCUCUGAAGGCAUUAAGCGACGAUGGCUUCGAUGGUCAUGGAGAUGUUUCAGAGGUAAACUUCUAGCAAUGGUGUGCACACUUCACCCGGCUGUUUGUGUUUUCAUGGCCGAGUACCGUCUUUUUCUCCUUAUUUCUCCACUGUUACGUUUGCCAUUUCUCCGUUUCUCCACAUUGUGACUGCUCUGCCAAUGCCAGGCUGAAAAAAAAAGAUGUCUUUCCUUUUCUAUUGCUUAAUACUGCCAUUUGAUUUAGUCAUGUUGAACAGAAUGAGUUACAAUGUUGAGAGUGCUAAGUCUGUUUUAAAGUUUGCAAUCUGUAAUACAAUGUUAAAGAUAUUUCCUGUGUGACACUCACAUAACCAAAAGAACAACAAUGCUUUACAUGGUAAGUAGGUGCCACUGUUAACUUAACGGCUAAUCUGUGUUGUGACAAUAUUAUGACAUGUCCUCUCCAGGUGUUUGGAAGCUGUUAUGUGGUCCUUGGUUGACACAUCCUCUACAAUAUUCUAACAAUUUCAUUUAUGUGCCUGUUUCUGUUCAAUAUGUAUUUUGUUUUUUCUUAAAUUGAGGACACUGUAUGCAAUCUGCACCACGAAUGCCGCUGAUCGACACUUACUGUACGCUCCCUGAGACGCAGACGUUCUGUCAUCAGUUCAGAUGAUUGCAUCCACACGUGUAGUGGCUUUAUGGCUUUCCAUAAAGCCUUAGCAAUCACAUUAAUCUAAAAAAUAUUUUAUUUUACAAAGUGAUAAAAGUCCAGAGUUGUUUUAGAGGAAAUGUUAUCAUACUGAAUAGAUUUUUGUAUUAUAUUUAAUAUUUUAGUUUAAUUAGAAAUAACGUGACAAACACCACAAACCGACACACAUACAUCUAAUAUUACAGGCUAACAUCAUGCGUUCACAUAAGCAUUCCAAAGAUAAAAGAUGUAUGUUCAUUUUACAUGCCAUCAAAUUGUGUAAAACAGACUUAGGUACUAGUCCAUUGUACUGCGGUCUUAGUAGGAGCGUGAAUGGGGAGGUGGUCACUGGAGUAUCUGGUUGUGACUUAUGCCGGAUUUUAUUUUUGAAAUGUUGGGACACAAAGAACAACUCAUCAAGAACUGUAUAAAGUAUAUUUCAAUGGAAUGUUCAUGAUCUAUCUUUUUAUAUUUUGAAGAAAAAAUAGAAACAUAUCAAUAAAGUGUCAUAAUUGAAUUUA